AUGGAAACAACCACAACACCGCAGUGUCCAGGAGAAGAUUCGCCGAUGAAUUCAACGACUCCCACUGUUGCAGACCCUGAAUCGAUGUUGAUCCACAAUGAACAUAAGAAUGUCAACAUGGUAAACCCUCUAUCCUCCGGGCCUCCUGAAUAUAUAAAAGGUCCAGCCGGAAAGCUCUAUUACCUUGGACAUACUUCGACUUGGUCUCUGACUAUACGGCUCUUAAAUCUGACACACGGAGCACUUUACAAAUGCCCUUUCCCCAGUACUGCUCACCACAUUGACUCUGUGAUCUAUGACUUAAAAUGGAACGGCAUGCGCAGUCAAGCAGUUCCCGAUAUCCGGGGUCUUCCUACAAUCGACCAUGCGCUAUUUCUUAUUAAUGCAGCUAAGUUCCAUACCGGGCAGAUAUUCCAUUUAUUCGAUGAAGCCAGUUUCAUGGACCAACUAUAUCGCUUCUACAAGAACCCAGUGGAGAACGUGCAUACGGCUGGAUUGUGGCUUCCGCACUUCCUAGUCAUCAUUGCUCUUGGCAAGGCAUUUGUGGGAGCACAAAACCGUGGGAAUAUGCCACCCGGCUCUGAGUUUUUCAGGGCUGCUCUUAUGAUGCUCCCAGACUAUAGCUUUUUGUGGAAGGAGCCUUCCGUCUCCGCAGAGAUUCUCUGUGCAUUUGCUUUGUACUUGCAGUCUAUAGAUUGGAGAACCUCCGCACAUAACAUGGUUCAUGGUUACCAUACGGAUCUUUCCACCCGAUUCACUAAUGAGCAAGAAUUGGUGCGAUGUCAGAACAUCUGGUGGACUGUAUAUAUCCUCGAGCGCCAAAUCUCCGUGCUUAUGGGUACGCCUCUUAGCAUUAGCGACAAUGACAUCAAUACCCCAUUACCUUUGUUUCCUGAUUCACCUCCGAAAACAGCAACCCUCCUCAUUCAUGUCAAGUUGUCGAAAGCUUUUAGCCGAAUUGUGAAUGCCCUCUAUAGAGAUACUGGGAAUAUGGAAUCCACAUUUGUGAAAAGCACACAGGAAGUUCUACAAAGAGUGGCGGACGUGGCCUGUGAGCUUCGGGAAAACUUCCCGGUACCUGACCAAGGAGCUCUGAGCGGCAUCUCUCGAGUAUCUGGAUACUUGAAUUUGUUAUACCAUCAGUGUAUCAUGCUCGCUACUCGGCCGUUCUUGUUCAUGCUGGUUGAAAUUCGUGCCAAAGGAACAGACCCUCAGACCGAAGUUCCCACGCCUAUUCAAUUACUUCUACAAAUUUGUCUCGAAUCAGCAAAGAAAACCUCACAAAUCUUGGGGUCUUUGCAAGACCAAAAUUUAUUGGAGUGCUUUUUGCCGUUCGAUCUGGAAAGCGCCGUCUCCGCCGCCCUUGUUGUCACUAUGGCUUCACUAGUCGACCUUCCAUUGAUUGCAAACCGAACGUCAUAUCUUGACUUAUUGCUCUCUGUUUUAGAUCAGAUGAUUGAUCAUGGAAACUUGAUAGCCCUUGACAAAAAGAGGAAAGUCCAUCAGUUGGAAAGUCUUUGUGUAAAGCUGAAAGAUUAUCCCUCGUCAUCUCUGAUCAAUACCUCAGACCCUUUGCAGCUCGAACAAAGAAAUUCGCAAGACGACAAUUUGGACCCUAGCAUAUCGAGUGAUGGACGUGAUUCCUAUUUAAGGCAAAACAUCCAUGCUGAGGGCUCAAGGAAAGAUUUUGAAGAAGAACAAGAACAAGAAGACCUAGCUACCGAUGCAUGCAGGUGGGCUAACGACAUUUCACCCUCUCGGUUGCUGGAAGCUGCCAACAUGUUGGAAGGUGGGAGCUUACUGGAUUGGGCCGACCUGCCCAGUAGUAGCUUUUUAUUCGGGUUUGUUGGAGGGGAGUGA